UCCCCAGCUGCCAACAGCAGGCUCCCGGGCAGCCGUGCCCUGCACGGAGCAGCACCCUGCACUGACUGACACCCGCGGCCCUGACAGAUCUCCUCCCCUGCCAGGACACCCACAUCUACACUGCAACCUUUCUGAGGACUAAACCGACCUGACGGCCCCACAAGAAGCAGACACAGCCCAACAUGGAGAACUGCACCAAAGACGAUGACAUGCUACAGAAUGGCAUUGUGGUAUUUCAAAUGGUCAUCUACAUCCCAGUGCUCUCUUUGGGUAUCCCACUGAACAUGACUGCCUUCUGGGUCUUCUGCUGCAAACUCAAGAAGUGGACUGAGACCAGGGUGUACAUGAUCAACCUCAUGAUCGCAGACAGUUUCCUGCUCUUUGCCCUGCCCUUCCUGAUACAUUUUACCAAGUACAACCAUCCCAUAGACAAGCUGUGUUUCACCAUACGGAGCAUCUAUUUUACAAACAUGCCUAUGAGCAUCCUUAUCAUCACCCUGAUUGCAAUUGAUCGAUACAUUGCAAUCAAGUUCCCUCUAAAAGCAAAGAUUCUUCGAUCCCCACUGAAAUCAGCUUCUAUCUGUGGGUUCCUUUGGAUAACGCUGAUAAUUUAUUCCAACUUGCAUCCAAAAUUUCAUGAAAGAAAGGAACAAUUCUGCCUUCAGAAACAAUCUAUUCAACCUAAUUAUUCAACGUUAUUCUCCAUUAUAUUUGGGUAUUUUAUUCCCUUAGGGAUUGUGAUUUUUUGCUCAGUACAAGUCAUCAAAUGUCUCAAAAAGAAGAUGGCCACGAGCCCUCAUGAGACAAAGUUAAUCCAGAAAGCAAUCCACAUUGUUUCUGUGAAUUUGUUUGUGUUCAUCGUAUGUUUUUCACCUUUCUACACCACACUGCUCUUGCGGUUUGCAGUGGAUGUUGCUGGAGCUUGUUCUCUGGUCUCGGAAGUUAGAGCCUCUAUUCAGAUCUGUGCAUGCUUAGCAAAUUCUAAUUGCUGUUUGGAUGCAUUUUGCUAUUACUUUGCAGCCAAGGAAUUUCAGGAAUUUCCUUCUCUGUUCCCCACCUGUAUAUCAAUGAGGUCCAAGAUGAACCAAAAGCAAGAGUCACAGCCACCCACAGAUCAAGUCAUGACACAAACAACGUGCAGUGCACUAUAGCUGUUAAGAGCCACAGCACUGCUGAAGUUUUGAGGCAGAGGGAGUGGGACCGCCUACAGCAUUUGCAAUCAUUCUAGCUAUAGGCAUACCUGCAAAAAGGAGCAACUGCCUCCAAGGGGUCCGAUAUUAACUCGAAUUUUGUCCUUCUGUCCUCAGUGACUUGACUCCAGCUCUGACUAUUGUCUUGGAUUGUAGCAUCGCAGCUUCAGGCAUCUCCUGGUCAAGAGGGAGAGCCCAUGGUAUGGAGAACAAAUGAUAAGGCCAUUGUUUCCACCAUGCACUUAUUUGUACGUAUCAUGCAGCUAAACAUAGGAAACUGAGCACCCUUACAGCAAUACACAAACCCACUUCUAGUACUGUAAUAUAUAUGGUCACUGAAAAAAAAGAAAAAGCCCCUGUACUACAAUGACAAACCUAAUACAUCUGUGCUGCUCACAUCAAACAAUUUGCCCGUACAGUGGUAGUUUCCUGCCAACUUAUAUAACUUCAAAACUUGCAUCUAUCACCAGGAUGCAGCUACUGCUGUGCAUGGAAUAAACUGCAGAGAGUGGCCUGAGACUUGCCCCAUUCCUGCCAUAUAACACUUGUAUUACCUUGUGGCAAUGCCCUGGCAUUUAUGAGACUAAAAUCAUUGUGGGUAUAAAGCCAUUACUGCAUGGAAACACUGAGCUAUGCAAAGCAUUGUGGACCACAGAACAGACCCUUAGCAUUGUGCAUAUCAAGUAUAAAGCUGUGAAGAUCUGAUCUCACCCAAGUGACUACCAUAAGCCCUUGUGACAGGUUUGUUGUACUUUAAUGGGAUCAAAUCUUCAAUAGGUGUCCUAUCUGGUGAGAGGUGAUUGCAUCUGCUCGCGUUGUCACAGCCUCACACUGCAGGAGUGUUGAUGGCCAGAAAUCAGCAGUGAGCAACACAAAGCAGAAGCAGCCCUGAUCCCUCCCUCACCAUCCAUGAACAGUUUUCGGGGGAAGUUUGGUGAGAGUGUGGCGUGUAAGGUCCUUCUGCAGAGAUAGGGCAGACCCAUGGCUGAGGGCUUCUCGGCAUUGCCCCGUGUGAUGAAGCAUUGCUUUGGAUUUGGGUUUUUUUCUCUUCCAGCUGCUUGGACAGUGCACAGUGGGUGUUCAAGAGCUCUCCUGCUCUUCAUUUUGAGACGUUUAACUCUUUCCAUUCGUUAUACAGAGAUCCUUGAUCUACAGUAGCUGGAUCCCGGACCAGGCAUCAGUUUUAAUGUCUGGCUUUCCAGGUACCAAAUUCCUCUAUAAUAUCUGUGCUUGCUGACUAUGAACCAUGUAUCCUCCCACUCCACAGGGAAGUGACAACAGAGCAGCUCAAAUCAGUUAAGCCACAAAGGGAGGUCUUGGGGCACCAGAAGGAAGCAACCCAUAGAGAAACCUGGGCUGAGAGGGGAGCCAGUGCCAGGGCAUGACUACUUUGUGUUUAUCUGCAUAGAACUUUCAUCUAACAUUUUACCACAUAGUCACUUCAAUAACUUAAAGUCAGCAUGGGAAACAGAGUUUUUGAAAUGUGUGUGAUACCUGUAUCUCGGUUGGCUUCAUGGUCCUUGACUUUCAGUGUCUUCUGACUUGUAAACCCCUAAAAAAUUCCUCCAGGGAAGGCAAACCCAUAUUCUGCUCACUUAAACCUACAGACAAUUAACUGUCUUAGUGACAACUUACAAAUAGUUCCCCUACAAGUGGCCUGUCACCUUCUAGUGUCUGCAGACCACAUGCUGAAAUCACUGUCUAGACAUUGGCCAAAGAACAUAGGAAACAACUAUUCCCAUCACAGAAAGUACUCCCCAUCCAAUCGUUAGAUGUACCUGCUUUGUGUCAAUACUUUGACAGAGGUCCCAGCAUGAUGGAAACUGCAGUGAGCAACCACAGCAUACAAAUGGAUGAAACUACUCAGGUCAUUCAGUUGAUCAUUUAUGUCCCAAUUUUCUUCUUUGAUAUAAUAUUUAAUGCUUUGGCAUUACUGGUAUUUCACUGCAAGCAGAGCAAAAGGCCUGUGCGUGUAUGUGACCAACUUAAUCCUUGCACACUGUUUGGCCCUCAUUCUGCCUUUUAAAGUCUCUUUCAAAGAUAGGAAAAGAUACAAGAGACAAAUAGUGCCUGAUCUUAAAAGCCAUCUAUUGCUUAAGGAGAUGCGUGAGCGUUGUCACCCUUGUAGCUCUCAACAAAUAUGCUGCAAUUAACCAUCCUCAUAAAGCAAGAGGCUUAGGGUCCCCAUUACCGCAUUGUCCUUUAUGGUGUGCCAUCAAUCUUCAUGACAGGCAUCACUUACAUGUCCAGACAAGUGGUGUUCAGCAAGGAAAAAGACUUCUAUUUUCAGAAACAGCACAGAAGGCCUUCAGAAACACUUUCGGCUCUGGGAUUUUGCAUCUCAUUGGUUAUAAUGAAUGCCUGUUCCAAACAGAUUAUUAUGAAAACUUUUAUUAUUUUGAAAAAAGAUGAAGGUCAAUUCAUAUCAACCUGUUAUCCUACUAUUAAUCCAGAAAGCAAACAACUUACUUUUUUUGCAAACUCAGUCAUGUUCAUGUUUUCUCCCUGUUAACAUGGGGCAUCGUGUUCAGUUUACAAUGGCCUCCAAUUAGGUCGUCUGCUCUGAAAUACAAAACAGUAAUGCUUUUGUGCAUGUGGCCUCAUGUAUAGGCCUCAUAUGGUAUAGCAAGUACUAACUGCUGUUGAGAUGCCAUUUGCUACUGUUCUGUAACCAAAGAAUUUCAGAGCACCUUCUUCUUACCCAAGCCUAUAGUAUUUAAAUCAAGGAAGGAUCACAGACAAGGCACUCUAUUAAACUAAACAGCUGCUGUGGUUUCACCCCAGCCGGCAGCUAAGCACCACACGGCCCCUCACCUACUCCCCAUCAGUGCCAAAAACCAUACAACAGCUGCGCUAAAGAAUUUAUAGUUGCAAUUCCUAUACAGAGCUAAGCUUACUGCAUAUAGAGCUGUAUGAAGUGAAUGUUUUUUCCUUGUAGGAAGCAAACUGUGGUCUCCCACCCUUCAUUAAUUAAGUGUUUCUUUUUCUUAUUGUAGAGUGGAAAUUUGUUGACUUCAUAAUCCCUGUCAUCAUUAAGUAAUUUUUUGUUGUUUGUACUGAACGCUACAAAAAAGUGAAAAUAAAGCUAUCUCAUAGUAA